AAAAUUUUUAAAUUAAUAAAUGGACUACCAAAACCGAGUUGGAAGUAAAUUUGGAGGGGGUGGCGUUGCAGGUACAAGUGAAACAAAUGCAGAUCGUCGUGAACGGUUAAGAAAACUUGCUUUAGAAACAAUUGAUUUAGCUAAGGAUCCAUAUAUUUUAAAGAAUCAUCUUGGGAGUUUUGAAUGCAAGCUUUGUUUAACUCUUCAUGCAAAUGAUGGAUCAUAUCUAGCUCAUACACAAGGAAAAAAACAUCAAACAAAUCUUGCUCGUAGAGCAGCAAAGGAACAAAAGGAAGGGGCUACAGAUGCAAUUACUGGUCUUCCAGUAGGAGUUAUUGGGCAACAAAUUCAAGUUCGAAAAAAUAUAAUUAAAAUAGGCCGUCCUGGAUAUAAAAUUACAAAAAUUAGGGAUCCAUAUACGAGGCAAAUUGGGCUAUUAUUUCAAUUAAGCUAUCCUGAGAUUGGGACAGAUAUUCAUCCUCGACAUCGAUUCAUGAGUGCAUAUGAACAAAGAAUUGAACAUCCCGAUCGAAGAUGGCAAUAUUUGAUUAUAAGUGCAGAACCAUAUGAAAGUAUUGCGUUUAAAAUAGAAGCAAAAGAAAUAGACAGAUCAGAAGGGAAUUUUUGGACUUUUUGGGAUAAACCUACAUUUUCUAUGCAAUUCUUUUUUAAAUCAGAUAGAGAUACAAGAUAUAUGGGUGUGCCUGGAUUAUCUAAUUCUUCAACAAAAUGAAACUA